AUGGCUAAAACCGGUAUCCAGGGAUGGCUGGUCCUGCAAUUGCUUGUGUGUAUGGCUGGCAAUAAACAUUGCCUGGUGGCACUGCCGAGUAAUGCGACCAGCAGUACACCAUCACGUGCAGAGCAGUUGCUGAAUAUUGACACGGCGCCAUCCUGCAAGACCAAACUGAUGGUGAUGAUUGUGUCGGACGUACGGCAGCGCUGGAAACGGGACGCCCUGCGCGGGUCCUGGGCCUCGCCGCACGGCGGCUUGGGCGGUGACAAGGUGCGCUACUUUUUUGUUGUCGGCAUGCUAUGGGAUACCGUGCCGCCAGCCAUACUGCAAGAAGCUGACGAAUACCAGGAUAUUAUCAUAGUGCCCACUGACGACUUUGACUUUUCCAUGUACACGCACAAGGUGGUUCACGGCAUGCAGCUGGCCGCGCGCAACUGUCGUUUCGAGUACUUUCUGAAGGUCACCGAGUUCAGCUUUGUCAACAUGUUCACUAUCGGGCAAUGGCUGGAGAAGCUGCCGCCCAAGGGUGUAUAUCGCGGUCGCAUCAUCCAUGCUGCGGGUGCACAGCGGAACGCAAACAGUGUAUGGUACAUGCCUACAGCGACGUACAGCCGUGCACAGUAUCCACCGUACGCACAGCAUGCUUUCCUGCUGUCGCGCGACCUCUUCGGCAAAGUCGUCGAGAUGGAGAAGCGCUAUCGAGACGUGUACUAUGAUGACGUGGCCGUGGCGGUGUGGCUAUCCGAUCACGACAUACACCCGAUACAGGACACGGCUGUAUCCUUGAACGCUGACUGCCAGGCACCAGUCAUCAUUGAGCUCACUAGCGCCGAGCUGGCGGCGUACGGUGAGAACAUGCGAGAGCGCGGCAAUCACAUACAAUGCUAUGCUCCUUGA